AUGUUCCGUCGCUGAGUUCUGGCUUGAAUCUUCAAACUAAUCACAUUCCACUGUCAGAAGAGCUCAGGUACAAGGCUGGUACAAAAAAAAAAAAAAAAAAAAAGAGGAAGCAAAAACAGUGAACAAGAAUAUACCAAUGAGAAUAAGAUGGGGCUUCAACACUGCUGGCUGCUGCUGCUCCUGCUCGGCUGUCAUGAAUGGACCACAGGUGCUGUGGACGACCUCAGCCUGUACAUUAGGCAUUAUGAAAGACUCUCCUACGACAGGGACGAUGUGCACAGGAAGCACCAGAGGGUCAGGAGGGCCACACGGCCCCAGGACCAAACCCUGCAGCUCAACUUCACCGCGUUCCACAGAACAUUUCAUCUACGUUUGAAGCAAAAUACGGCAGCAUUUUCCAAAAACUUCAAGGUGAUCAGCGAAAACGGAUCUGCGUCAGCGGACCUGUCACAUAUAUAUUCAGGAACACUAGAGGAUGAGCUCGGUUCUGCCUGUCACGGCUCAGUGUUGCUGGGCCAGUUUGAGGGCUCCAUCCAAACACAUAAUGGGACUUUUCACAUCGAGCCCCUCUACAGAUACACCAGCAGCCAGUCGGACCACCACUCUAUUAUAUACCAUGAGGAUGACAUGGUUCUACCGUCCACGGCAACUAGGGCUGAUGGAUUCUGUGGAACACAACAUCUACAGCACCUCUCUCAGGACCUUGGCCCUAAAGAGCCACAGGAGGCAGCACUGAGCAGGUCGAAGAGGACGGUGGACGACUCAAAGACCAGCUGCCUGCUCCAUCUUCAUGUUGACCACCUCUACUUCAAGCGGUUCAAAUCGAGAGAGGCUGUUGUGGCUCAGGUGGCAUCUUACAUACAAGCUGUCAAUGACAUCUAUGACAAGGUGGACUUUGAUGGUAUCAAACUCAUCAAUUUCAAAGUGAAAUCCCUCACAGUGAUGGAAGAGGAGGGACAGAAGGACCGUUUGAAUCCUCGUUUCAUUGGUCCUGAGAAGCUGCUGAGUCUGUACUCAGAGGGCAACUGGGGCAACUUCUGUCUGUCCUACAUGCUGACUAACCGAGACUUCAGUGGAGUGUUGGGACUCGCCUGGGAGGGAAAACCAGGUAACUCGGGAGGAAUUUGUUCCAAAUUCACAACCCUGCGUGAUGGACGGGACUCCACACUGAAUACAGGUCUGAUCACAAUUCAGAACUAUGGACAGUUCCCGCCACCACGACAUGUCCAGCUGACCUUUGCUCAUGAACUAGGACACAGCCUAGGAUCUCCGCAUGAUGAGGGCAGAAACUGUGGGAACCUGGGCUCCACAGGAGGUAAAGGCAGGUACCUAAUGUUCCCUCACACCACAGACGAGGUGCGUGAGAACAAUGAUAAACUGUCUCCAUGCAGCAUUACAUACAUCAGCAAGAUCCUAAAACUGAAGAAAGAUAACUGCUUUGUGGUCAGUGAUCAGCCCAUCUGUGGAAACCACAUUGUGGAGGAAGGUGAGGAGUGCGAUGUUGGUCAAAAUGACAAAGACCUUUGCUGCUACAGCACUAAAGAGCCUGCAGGGGUGCAGUGCACACUCAAGCCUGGUAAAGCCUGCAGUCCAAGUCAGGGCCUGUGCUGUGGGCAGGACUGUGGUUUCAAGUCAGCUGAGCAGGCCUGCGAUGAAGAAACAGACUGUCAGGAAGAGAGUGUGUGUUCAGGCCUCUCGCCAUUCUGUCCUGAGCCACUCACUAAGGAAAACCUAACCAUGUGCAGUCAGGGAACACGGGUCUGCCUCAACGGGGUCUGUGCUGAGUCUGUGUGUGUGAAGCACAACCUACAGCAGUGUGACUGUCCUGGAAACUCCAUGAAGGAGAAAUGCCACAUGUGCUGCCAGCAGCCGGACCAGCCUGAAACGUGUGCCAGUACCACAUCCUCUGUGCUGUCCCAACACUUCCAGAAAAAAUCUUUGCCCCUGGUGGGCGGAGCUCCAUGCUUUGGGAACCAGGGUUACUGUGACAAAUUCCAUGUGUGUCGUCUGCUGGAUGCAGACGGUCCCAUCGCCAGACUCAAGAACUCCAUCCUCAAAAUGAAUGACUUUGAUGACCUGGGAGAGUGGAUGAAGGCUCAUUGGUGGGCAAUCCUCCUGGCUAUCCUCAUUCUGUCUGUUGUGAUGGGCUGCACCAUCAUCCUGUGUGGCCGUACCCUGGACACAAGCGUCUUGGAGUGAUGUUUUUUUUGUUUUUGUCUUCACUGGGAAUACAAGCAUCAUGCCCCAAAAAUAGUCCUUUACCGAAGUGCAAACGUCACACCAGAGAGGUGUCAACUUGUAGCCAGCAUGCAUGACUUCAUCACUGAAGGUGAUGUCCUGAGGAAACACUUAACAGCUGCUCAGCCCCGACACAGUUUGGCUGACUGACAUAUAGUUGUAGUCAUAAUAACAGCAUUGUGUUUAAAAAGUAAGUAAAGCUCAAAAUCUUUAUCAUAGCUUUUAUUUCCAUGCAUGCAAAUCCAUUUGGAACACUGCACAUUUUAUUCCAAAUCAAAGCAUAAGGAAAAUUGAUCAAAUUUGUUAUUACUUUACAGAAAAUGAAGAGAUAUUAGGCUGUUCAAAAAAAAAAAAUAAAAAAUAUAUCAGUGCCUGCUAUAUGAAUAAAAUACAUUGAACUGAAUUAUUACACCCUUACAGGUGGUCCUUAUUUAAGGACAAGGCAGCAAAUGUUGUACAUGCUAGUAAAAUAGGUUGUUCUACAAGGGUAGGCUGAAAAGUUCUAAGGCUCACUAUGAUGCAGUUAAUGCAUUAAUUGUAUCAUAGUGAGCCUUAGAACUUUUCAACCUACCCUCAUAGACAUUGUUCAGAAGAAUAGCAUACUUUGAUUAUAAAGUUGAUUGAAGAGGGGAAAACAUAUGAGGAAUUGUAGAAAAUGAGAGGCUGCUCAACUAGAAUGAUCUCAAAUACUUUAAAAUGACAACCACAAUAAGGAAGAUGUGGAGGAAACUGGAAAAUCAUUGGAUCAAAUGGAUCUAAGAAUAGCCAGAAUGGCAAAGAUUCAGUCAAUGACCAGCUCCAGGGUGAUCAGAGAAGGUCUAAAGUUACCUGUGAGGACUGUAACAAUUGAAGACGCCUAUGUGAAGCCAAGUUAUUGGCGAAAAGCCCCCUAAAAGUCCCACUGUUGAAAAACAAAGUGCUGAAGAGGUAACAAUUUGCCAAAGAACACCUUGAUUGGCCUAAAGGGAAAUGGCACAACGUUUUCUGGACUGAUGAAAGCAAGACUGUUGUUUUUUGGUCAAGAGGUCACAGACAGUUUUUCAGACAACCCCCAAAGACUGAAUUCAAGCCACAGUACACUGUGAAGACAGUGAAGCCUGGUGGAGCAAACAUCAUGAUAUGGGGAUGUUUCUCAUACUAUGGUGUCGGGCCUCUUUAUCACAUACCAGGGAUCAUGGAUCUGUUUGAAUACAUCAGAAUACUUGAAGAGGUCAUGUUCCCUCAUGCUGAAGAGGAAAGUUCCUUGAAAAGGGUGUUUCAACAAGGCAGUGACCCCGAACCCACCAUCAAGGGCGCAGCAUCUUGGUUCCAGACCAACAAGAUUAAUGUUAUGGAGUGACCAGCCCAAUCCCCAGGACCUGAAUCCAAUAGAAAACGUGUGGGGUGACAUUAAAAUGCUGUUUCUAAGGAAAAACCAAGAAAUGCAGAGGAAUUGUGGAAAGUAGUCCAAUCAUCCUGAGCUGGAAUACCUCUUCACAGGUGCCAAAAGUUGGUCAACUUUAUGCAACACAGAUGUGAAGCAGUUCUCAGAAACAGUGGUUA